AUGAGUGUUGUUCCUAUACAUCCAGAUACAGUUACAAUACACAUGGUUAAAACUAGUUGUUGUAAACCAGAGUUUGAUUCUGAUUAUCCUACUCGCCUUAAUGGAAUAAUUCGACAAGAUGAAUUUGAAGAAUCAAUUGCAAAUAUCAAUGAAACAAUUUCAUCAAUACCUAAUAUCAUCGUUACUUUCAUUCUUCUUAUAUUUGCAAUAGGUGGUUUUAUAAUUUUUGUUUUUAGUGGUAUAGAAGCUUCCAAUCCAAAAAUACACGGCUAUGCACUACUCGGUGCUGGAAUUGGCAUCUUUCUUGUUGGUGUACUUAGUGCGAUAUUUGGAUGUUGUAUUGCGGGAUUAACACUGUCACACCGAAUGCGUCCAGCAGUUGCUAAUGAAUCAAACAAAUAUUGUACAAGAUCUCCAACACCAUGUACUUGGCGAUUAGUGUCUAAGAUAGCUUGCAGAGGAAGGCAUGGGCAGGGUCGAAUAACUGUUAUUCGUCAUAUUGUUAUUGAUAUUGGUCAUUUCGUUGGCAUAGCAAAUAAGUCUGUACCACCUCAAUAUAAUCAACCGACACCAUCUUUUUCUCAAUAUAAUCAACCAACAUCAUUUUUUUCUCAAAAAAAGAAUACAACUCCACCUCCUCAAUACAGUAGUUUAUCUGUUAGAGGAUAA